GCUUCUUCACGAGUCGCAGCCCACUUUUGUUGUCCUCUUUAGAUCUCUCUCUCUCUAUCUCUCUCUUUUUCUUCUUAAUUCAAGAGAUCCUCUUAUUACACAACACUAAAAGUCAAUUCGAUCGCUUGUCUUAAUAAUCCAUAAGCUUGUGAUUUUGGGUUUGGAACUUGGGAACGAUGUCAAAGUUUCAGAGCAAUUUCAACCAGAAGAUAGAUUAUGUCUUCAAGGUAGUAUUGAUCGGCGACUCUGCUGUUGGUAAAUCUCAGCUCCUCGCUAGGUUUUCAAGAAACGAGUUCAGUAUCGAAUCUAAAGCAACCAUCGGUGUCGAGUUUCAGACAAGAACACUUGAGAUCGAUCAUAAAACUAUCAAAGCUCAGAUAUGGGACACUGCUGGUCAAGAACGGUAUCGAGCGGUGACGAGUGCAUACUAUAGAGGAGCGGUAGGGGCAAUGCUAGUUUACGACAUAACGAAACGACAGUCGUUUGAUCAUGUAGCGAGAUGGUUAGAAGAAUUGAGAGGGCACGCUGACAAAAACAUUGCGAUUAUGCUUAUAGGAAACAAGACUGAUCUCGGGUCACUUCGAGCUGUACCAACCGAGGAUGCUAAAGAAUUUGCUCAAAGAGAAAACCUGUUUUUCAUGGAGACAUCAGCCUUGGAUUCCAACAAUGUCGAGCCGUCUUUUCUCACGGUUCUGACCGAGAUCUAUCGAAUCGUGAGCAAAAAGAAUCUUGUUGCCAAUGAGGAAGGAGAAUCUGGAGGAGACUCUUCCCUCUUGCAAGGAACUAAAAUUGUUGUUGCUGGAGAAGAGACUGUUACUAAAGGGAAGGGUUGUUGUGGAACAUCAUAGAGAAUCAGUUUCCUUAUCUUUUCUUGCUCUCUUUGACUGCAUAAAUAAUGUGUCUACUUUGUAUGUAAGCAGCUGUGGAAGAUAGAGUUGAAUGAGUUGAGCAUUUGUAUACUUAAUUGAGUUGUGUUUAUUCAGGAUACUACAAUACAAGUUUUUUGGAUUA